AUGGAUCCCGGCUCUGCCCUGCAGCACUUCCUGCAGCCCCUCCAGGUCGACGCCCACAAAAUUCAUACACUGUCCGGCCUUUUCUUGUCCAAUUUCACAGACCUCGCUCUUCACGCCCAAGAUCAGUUCCUCUCCACGCCCAUCUCAGAGUCCAUCUUACGACAUGUCAGCCAGGAAGGUCGUGGAAGACACCUGGCCAUUGACAUCGGCGGAACGAACCUGAGGGUAGGCCUGGUCGAGCUCGGGCGCAAAUACGCCACAGACGCCAACAAAACAACCUCGUCCUCGCCCAAGCCCAAUGGAACCUCAUCCUCAUCAACCCUCAAACUCAAAGAGGAAGCUUGGCCCAUAGACGAUCGCGUCAAAGCAGAUGCCAAAGGGGAUCCCCAGCUCCUCUUCGACUGGAUUGGCGCCCGCAUCGCAUCCGUCGUCCGCAAUGCCCGCAAGGAGUCCCUACUGCCCGACGAUGAUGAGCCCAUUCCUAUGGGCAUCACUUUCAGCUUCCCCAUGAUCCAGCGUUCUAUCGCCGAAGCACAAAUCAUGACAAUGGGCAAAGGCUUCAGUAUUAAAGGCUAUGCAACGCUAGGUCCUUUGCUCAUCAGGGGCUACGACAAAGCUCGCAAUGCCCAAGCCAAUGGAAUCCACAGCAGCCCUCUGCCCCCCAUCCACGCCGCCGCCAUUUCAAACGACUCUGUCUCAACACUAAUCACCUUCAUCUAUCUCUUUGACGAGUUCAAGCCCAAGCCCAAGUCAGAAUCAAAGCCUAAACCCCAGUCACCGUCCCUCAUCAUCAAAAAGGCAAGCAUGGGCCUCAUCGUCGGCACAGGCUGCAACGCCACCAUUUCCCUCCCUCUCACCGCCCUCGGCCCCGGAAAAUGGCCCGAAGCUGUGAGUACCCUCCCCGGCGAACCUGCUGGCCACAUCCGCAUCGCUGUGAACACGGAAUGGAGCAUCCGCGGUACGGCCCCGCCCCUGCGCGAACUCGGCUUCAUCACAGCAUGGGACACAGCCCUUGACGAGGCCCUCGUCGGACCAGGCGAGAUUGCUGGCUUCCAGCCCCUGGAGUACAUGACGGCCGGCCGCUAUCUUGGUGAGCUUGGUCGUCUCGUUCUAGUCGACUACCUCCGUACUGUUCUUGGCUUCGACGAAUCCUCAUUACCAGAAGGCUUACUCACAAGGUAUGCGCUGACGACGACGUUCCUGAGCCACUUUAAACCUGCCGACGACAAUCCUUCCGACCCAUUCCCUCUCCAGUCCAAGCUGGAAGAACAGUUCCCAGUAGGAAAAGUAGAAGCAGGAACGGGGCUAUCGCCCCCAUUCCAAUGGACACCAAUAAUCGCAGCAGCCCUCUACCACAUCGCAAAAGCAAUCGAGAUCCGUGCCGCAGGCAUCGUCGCAGCCGCCACCUUCGCCCUCUUGAAAUUCGCCGAAGACAUCCCACCUGCUGUCCCAAAAGACCACCACCACCACCAGCAGAAGCAAGGCAUCCCUCCUAGCAUAGAGUUGGGUGUCGGCUACACGGGUGGCUGCAUCUCCCAUUUCCAAGAUUACCUCGCCGACACGCAAGACUUUUUAGACAAGAUUGUGAAGCUAGAAUACUCUGCGGACGGGUCAAAAUCACAGUCGCCGUUACCGGUGAGGAUUAUUCUGAGUCCCUGCCAUGACGGCGGGAUCAAGGGCGCCGGGAUCCUCGUCGCCGCCACGGGGAAAACCUUGAAGCAAGAAACAUAA